AUGCCGACUCUGAUGCAAAGUAUGCUCAAAUUAGAAAUAGCAACAUUAUUUGCAAAAUUCGAAAUGAAAAUCGAAGAUAGUAUAAAUAUAACUCCAGUCAAUUCAUUCAAUUCAUCCGAAGCCAGUAUGUUACAAGCUGUUGAAGAAGCCAGUAUGUUAAAAGGUCUGCCUGAAUUGUCAUCAAGCGUAAUAGAUGAAUUAUUACAUGAUACACAACAUGUUCAGUCAAGUGAAGCAAAUCAAGACCAAAAUAUAUCUGAAUUGUCUGAGCUCAGACGUUGCUAUGAAGAAGCCGCUGAAGUAAUUAAUAAUGAUGAUGGAUAA